AUGGGAGCCUUGCAGAUUGCUGGAUUUUCCAUCCUUUUCUUUCUCCUCCACUCUGGAAACACGCUGGCAAAUAAAGCCAGUCAAGACGUGGACGAGUGUGUGGAGGGGACUGACAACUGCCACAUCGAUGCCAUCUGCCAGAACACCCCCAAGUCCUACAAGUGCAUCUGCAAGUCUGGCUACACCGGUGAUGGGAAGCACUGCAAAGACGUGGACGAGUGUGAGCGGGAGGAUAACGCCGGCUGCGUGCACGAGUGCGUCAACAUCCCCGGCAACUACCGCUGCACCUGCUACGACGGCUUCCGCCUGGCACACGAUGGCCACAACUGCCUGGACCUGGAUGAGUGCUCGGAGGGCAACGGCGGCUGCCAGCAGACCUGUGUCAACAUGAUGGGCAGCUACGAGUGCUUCUGCAGGGAGGGCUUCUUCCUCAGUGACAACCAGCACACCUGCAUCCAGCGCCCUGAAGAAGGAAUGAACUGCAUGAACAAGAACCAUGGCUGUGCCCACAUCUGCCGGGAGACCCCCAAGGGGGGAAUCGCCUGCGAGUGCCGCCCCGGCUUCGAGCUCACCAAGAACCAGCGUGACUGCAAACUGACCUGCAACUACGGGAACGGGGGCUGCCAGCACACGUGUGACGACACCGACCAGGGGCCCAAGUGCGGCUGCCACGUCAAGUUCCUGCUGCACUCGGACGGGGUGACGUGCAUCGAGACGUGUGCUGUGAACAACGGGGGCUGUGACAGCAAAUGCCACGAUGCAGCAGCGGGGGUGCACUGCAGCUGCCCCAUGGGCUUCAUGCUGCAGCCCGACAGGAAGACCUGCAAAGACAUCGACGAGUGUCGCCUCAACAACGGCGGCUGCGACCACAUCUGCAGGAACACGGUGGGCAGCUUUGAGUGCAGCUGCAGGAAAGGCUACAAGCUGCUCAUCAACGAGAGGAACUGCCAAGACAUCGACGAGUGCUCCUUUGACCGGACCUGUGACCACCUCUGCAUCAACACCCCAGGCAGCUUCCAGUGCCUCUGCAACAAGGGCUACACACUGUAUGGGCUCACUCACUGUGGAGACAUCGACGAAUGCAGCAUCAACCGCGGGGGCUGCAGAUUCGGCUGCAUCAACACUCCCGGCAGCUACCAGUGCACAUGCCCAGCUGGCUGCAAGCUGCACUGGAACAAAAAGGACUGCACAGAGCUGCUGAAAUGCCUGCCAGGUUCAGUGCCACCACGGGCCACCCUCACCUGCAACAAGACGGGCAAGAAGGACAGCUGUGCCCUCACCUGUGCCUCCAAGGCUCGCUUUCUGCCAGAGUCUGACAGCAGCUACACAGUGAGCUGUGGGACCCCUGUGCUGCGGCAGGGUGCCCAGCAGAGACCCUCCAACAGCAGCCACCAGUGCCUGGAGACUGUUGCUGCACCAAUCAAGCAAAAAGCUUCCUUCAAGAUCAAGGAUGCCAAGUGCCACCUGCACCCACGGGCCAAGGGCAAGCAGGAUGAGGCCGGGAAGGUGGGGGCACAAGGUGCCCCUGCACCUUGCUCUGACUGCCAGGUCGCCUUCGUCAACCUCAAGUGUGACUCGUCCAAGAAGGGGAAGGGCCGCCGGGCUCGGAACUCCUCCAGCAAGGAGGUGAUGCGAAUCACGCUGGAGUUCGAGGCAGAGAUCAAGCUGGAGGAGAUCACAGCCAGCUGCAACCUGAACUGCCUGCGACAGAGGGUGGAGAAAAAGCUCAAGUCAGCCAUCAAAGCCCUGAAGAAAUCCAUCAACCAGGAGAGGUUCCUGCUGCGCUUCGCGGGGAUGGAGUACGAGGUGGCCAGGAAGCUGAGCGUGGGGCUGGAGCGGCAGGAGAGCUGCGGGCCGGGCCAGCAGCGCCUGGCUGGCAGAUGUGUCAGCUGCUCGCAGGGAACGUAUUACCACGGGCAGACGGAGCAGUGUGUGCCCUGCCCCGCCGGCACCUACCAGGAGAAGGAAGGGCAGCUCUCCUGUGACCUGUGUCCCCGGGCCGAUGCCUUCGGGCCCGUGGGAGCCACCAACAUCACCAGCUGCAUGGGUCAGUGCCCCCCUGGGCAGCACUCAGCCGAUGGCUUCAGGCCGUGCCAGCCGUGCCCCCGGGGCUCGUACCAGCCCGAGGGGGGCCGUGCCCUGUGCUUCCCCUGCGGCGGGGGGCUCAGCACCCGCCACGACGGAGCCGUCUCCUUCCAGGACUGCGACACCAAAGUCCAGUGCUCCCCAGGGCACUACUACAACAGCAGCGUGCACCGCUGCAUCCGCUGUGCCGUGGGCACCUACCAGCCCGACUUCAGGCAGAACUACUGCGUCGCCUGUCCCGGCAACACCACCACCGACUUCGACGGCUCCACCUCGGUGGCCCAGUGCAAAAACCGGCAGUGCGGGGGGGAGCUGGGCGAGUACACGGGCUACAUCGAGUCCCCCAACUACCCUGGCAAUUACCCUGCCAACGUGGAGUGCACCUGGAACAUCAACCCGCCCCCCAAGCGCAAGAUCCUCAUCGUGGUGCCGGAGAUCUUCCUCCCCUCCGAGGAUGAGUGCGGCGAUGUCUUGGUCAUGAGGAAAAACUCCUCCCCAUCCUCCAUCACCACGUACGAGACGUGCCAGACGUACGAGCGGCCCAUCGCCUUCACCGCGCGCUCCCGCAAGCUCUGGAUCCACUUCAAAACCAGCGAAGCCAACAGCGCCCGCGGCUUCCAGAUCCCCUACGUCACCUACGAUGAGGACUAUGAGCAGCUGGUGGAGGACAUCGUGAGGGAUGGGAGGCUCUAUGCCUCUGAAAACCACCAGGAGAUCCUCAAGGACAAGAAGCUCAUCAAAGCUUUCUUCGAUGUGCUGGCACACCCCCAGAACUACUUCAAGUACACAGAGAAGCACAAGGAGAUGCUGCCCCGCUCCUUCAUCAAGCUGCUGCGCUCCAAAGUCUCCAGCUUCCUCCGACCUUACAAAUAGCCCCCUGCAGCCCUGCUGCCCCUGGGACACCCCACAGCCAAGGAAACCCUCUUCUCCCUUCCUUCUCUGUUCUGAUUCUCUCCUCCCUCUGCUCGGCUCUGGCAGGACCGGCACCUCCUGCCCCGCAGACAUCGCUGCGCCUGGGUUCGGGGGGGAUGCUCCAGCCUCAUCCAGCCGCCGGCAAAGCUGCUCCUCCCUUCCAAAGCAGCUGCUUCCGUUUAGGAAACCCAAGAGCUGGUCCUUUUGCCUCCCUUUGCUUCCCUUCACACCACGUCUGGCCCAGGACCUCAGGGGAUCAUCGGCACCCCUGCAGCAGAGCCCGUGCAGCGAGGAGCGCGAGGCAGCGGCACCGUCCCCCUCAGAGCUCGGCGUGGGGAGGGGAGAGAGUUUCCCAAAGCAUCACUCGGUUUAAAAAGCCAAACAACCAAAAAGAAGAAGAAAAGACCAAGGCAAGGAGAGAUCAGCCAAGGGCUGCAGCGAGUGGCAGCUGUGGCAGGGGCUGCGGCCGCCGUCCCGCCGGCGCUGCGAGGGACCAGAGCUCGGCCAAGCCACUUCCAGCAGAACAAUGUCUGGCUGCACAGGAGGCAGCUGGGAGCAGAGGAGAAGGAUUUGCAGCCGGGUGCGUUGUUUGUCUGUUUGUUUUGUUGGGUUUUGUUGGGUUUUUCCCCCUCCCCAUCCCUCCCACCCCCCAGCCCCAGCCACUCAUGCCAAGAAGCCAGACGAACGAGCUCUGCCAAAGAGUCACUGGGACAAGCAAGCUUUGUGAAGAGCAGGAGUAAAUGUUUGUGCACUAGGGUAUCCUCCUUUCUACCUUUCUCCAUAUGUAUUAAGUGCAAUCAUUUGAGUCUUCUUUAUAUUAUUU